CCAAGUGGGGGGUUUUGACGUUUGACCGCGUAGCAGUGAAAGUGUCACGUCGUUCAGUGUUUUGUCAGAAAUAUUUUGUUUUAAUUUAAAAUUCUUAUUGACUUUGAAUUGAUAUAGGUUAUUGCCGGGAUAAUGGGUGUAAAACCUGCAAUUGGAAGGAAAUCUAACAAGAACCCUCCAAUUUUUAGUCAUGACUUCGUAAUUCAGAACCAUGCCGACAUAGUUUCAUGUGUAGUUAUGUUGUUUUUGGUCGGACUGAUGGUACAGUCGACAAGUCCAAUAGCAAGUUUAUUCAUCAGUCUUCAUCAUAACGUCAGUGGCGUCGAACCAACACGAGAAUCUCCGAAAGGGGAACCCUUUUUCUAUGAAGCUGGAUGGAAAGAUGCGUGUGCAGUAUUCUUUUACUCACUUGUCUGUAUUGUGAUGCAUGCAAUUCUGCAAGAGUAUUUCUUAGAUAAAAUAUCAAAGAAAUUCCACCUUUCAAAAUCAAGACUGAGCGCUCUGAAUGAAUCUGGGCAGUUGGUUGUUUUCCACCUGGUAACUCUGCUCUGGGGAGGUGAUGCUAUCCUACGGGAAGGGUUCAUUUUCAACAUAUCACAAUUGUGGGACCGUUAUCCUGAUCACCCUAUGAGUUUCUUGCUGAAGCUAUGGUGGAUUGUCCAAGCUGCUUACUGGAUACACACCAUCCCCGAGUUAUACUUUCAGCGCAUUAAGAAAGAUGAGUGGGCAGGUCGUAUCAGGCAUGCUGCAGGAGCCUUUGCUUUUAUAGCUUUGGCUUAUGGGUUCAAGUUCCAGCGAGUGGGAGUAUCUUUAGUGGUAUUGCACUCAUUGGCGGAAUUUGUGGCACACAUUCAUCGUCUAAACACCAUUCUCAGAGGGGAGCGGGAAGACUUUUUAGAUAAAUUUGUAAGCUUGGUGAAUGGCAGCGUGUUUGUGAGUGUGCGUUUGUGCUCGCUGGUGUUGGGAGUGCUAACGUUUUACUUCGGACUCGCCGGUGCCGCGCCGUUGCUGCUUCGCGUCGGUGCACUCUCUCUUCUGGUUUCAUUCCAAGUGUACUUAAUGUACAAUUUCAUAUCUGAUGCGAUAAAACAGAGAGAAGAGUCAAGUCAGGCUGCACAGAGUAAGCCUAAAAAAGAGAAGAAAGAGAAACCUAAAAAAGAGAAAGUAAGAAAAGUCGUGAAUGAAGAGUCGGACCUGCCCGAAGUGGAUCAGAAUACAAACAAGACGCUACGACAGCGACAGGCGGCUGCUGCCGCCGCUGCUAAGGCCAAGUGAGGGAGGGCGCACAUUCAGCUACAUUAAUUUGACUCUAAGCUAAUCAUGUUAGGUUGUUUUCAUCUCAUAUCUCACUGAGACUUUCCACUAUUAAAUCUUAUUUUCUUCCUCGAGUCUUACCAUCAAUGAUUGUUGAAGCACAAAAUGCGUUGACAGACUGUUGGCUGGCAUUUAUCUGUAAUUUAAAUUGUAUAUACACAGUUAUAUUGUGUUAUGUCACAAUAAAACUUAAGGAUGAAACUGGAAACUAUGUCAUAGUUUUUUGUUUGUAGUAGCCUAAAAUGAUGAAAAGAAGCUUGUGAACAAAAUUAUGGUGUAGAAAUUUUUAUAAUAUUUACAACUUAAAACAUGGUUUUAUAAUGAUAAAUCAACAUUGAUUCAGACUGCGAAACAUGCUAUCGUCAUUAAACGUUAUAGUGGAUACAGGGUUGUAAAAUAUCUCCUAAAGUGUAAAAAUAACAAGGACUCUAGGUUUAAUAAAGAAAAUGUUGUUUAUAUGAAUAUAUUGAAUAAGAAUUAUGAAAUACUGUGUGUUCAUACACAUUAAACGAUGAAAAUUCCAUUUUGUGUUUGCAUUUUAAGUUUUGAAUAAAUAUUUAUUGUAUGAAUUCCAGUACAGAUUUAUUUUUAUAGAUUAUUUGUGGAAAUUUCUAUAUUUUUACUUAACUGUUUUUUUAUAUAUAAUUUCAACUAAUUUAAAAAUUAUUUGGUGCUCAUUGAGUAAUAUAUUUUUUACUGAAUGUUUUAAAUAACUUUAACCUAUGUCAGAGAUUAUUAUACUUCAUAACAGUCUUU